AUGAAUGCAUCGAAUGAUGGUCAAAUUAUCAAAGAAAAAUAUAUCAAAGAUUCACGUCGCCAGAUGGAAGAUCUAAGUAUCAAUAUUCUCUUUGGACGAUUGAUGUGUGACAUGGGUCAAUGGGAUCAAUCACAACAUUUCUUUGAACGUUUAUUGAACAACUCGAAUGGUUAUAAUGAAGAUCUUGCACAGGUUGAAUAUAGUCUUGGUGAAGUCCUUCAAUGGAAAGGAGAAUGGAAUGAAGCACGGAAAUAUUAUGAUCGUGCUCAUGAACGGAUAAUAAAUGUAAAACCAACACCGAUGACGGAUUUAGCUAAUAUACUUUUCAAUAUUGGUGAAAUUCUUUGCCUAGAAGGAAACCAAAGAAAAUAUGAUGAAGCUCUGGAUUUCUAUCAACGAUCAUUAGCUAUUCGAGAGAAAUUUCAUCCAUUUGCUUAUGCAGGCAUUGCUACCGUUCUUAACAAUAUUGGGUUAGCCGCUUAUGGACAAAGAAAGCAUGAUGAAGCUCUGAACUUCUAUCAACGAGCACUAACAAUUCGAGAGAAAUUUGAUGCACAUAAUCACCCUAACAUUGUUGAUAGCUUGAUAAACAUCGCGAAUGUUCUAAGAGAUCAAGAAAAGUUUAAUGAAGCUAUCGAGUUCCAAGAACGAGCAUUGAUGAUACGAGAACAUAAUUAUCCUUCUGAUUACGUGAACAUUACUUAUAAUUUGAGCAACAUUGCUGAUAUGCAGAGAUGGAGAGAUGAGCAUGAACUCUCUCUUAUAUAUGAACAGAAUUGUUUCUUAAUGCGUCUCAAAGCUCUACCACCAGAUCAUGAAGAAAUUGGCCAUAGUUUAUCAAACAUGGGUCAAAUAUAUGAAAAUCUUCAGAAACCUAUAUUGGCACUUGAUUACUAUCAACGAGCGUUAGCUAUCUACACAAUAUGUCUACCUUCCUCUCAUUAUAAUCUAAGGAUAAUGCAAUUGAAUAUUGAACGACUUUCAGAAGAACUUGAAAUAGAACUCGAUUAA